AUGGAGAAACAAAAUGGUUGGCAUGAGUAUCAAUCAAAUGAGUAUUUAAAAUCACACGCUGAUCAGCAGCUGCAACCUCAACAGCAACUCACAAAUGGAAACCAACAAUUUUCUCGUUUGCCGGAGCAAUUUCAAGGACAAUCAAUUUGGACAGGUCGUUACUUGGUGUGA